AGUGGGAAAAGGAACAAGCGGAGUUAGAGGCAGGACAAAAGAAGUUCUAUAGACCGUUAUAAACAUAUAGUUAUUAAUGUUUUGGAAGGCGUGUAGUGGGAAAAAUCAACACGAGUGAGCGUGGAUGGACAAGGCUAUAUAGAUAUGGAGCCCCCUUUGAGCAAGAGGAAUCCGGUGCUAAGAUUAGCGGAUCUGGCAGCGACUCAAACCCACCCUCAUCAGAAUAUGACAGGCUUCCAGGGGCUCGGGGGGCAUCACCCUCACCCCCACCACGCUCACCUACACCCUGGGGAAAUGGGCAGCGACCCGGGAGUGGCGCUCACUCCGUUUGGACCAGAGCACAUGGCUCAGACUAAUACUCUAAAAUUUAGUCCAUCUCAAUCCAUGCAAAGCCACCCCGAAGCCCAGACAGCGGCAGCUUUUGGUUCUCCUCAGAGCACAGUGGGCUUCCCCGUGGCUCACCCCCACUCAGGCUACACUUCCAGCAGGGACUACAUCCUCAGGAGAGAACUCUCAGCCUCCACUAUGCACGCACUUGGCGACCAGCAUAGUUCCGCCUCCCCUCACCACCAUGGCGUGUUUAUUUCCACAACAGGUGCUUACGGCCACACGGAGAGUGGUGCCCAUCCUCUUUUUACCGGACUUCACGAGCAAAGCACCCCAGGUGCCCAUCACCCUCUUAACGGGCAGAUGCGCUUGGGUCUUGCAGGGGACAUUUAUGGCAGGCCUGAACACUUCGGUCACAGGCCAGAACAUUAUGGACCGUCCACACUGCACGGCUACAACUCCAUGAACUUAAAUGUGAACAUCGCGGCCGCAGCUCACGGAGCCGCGGGGGCGUUUUUGAGGUACAUGAGGCAGCCCAUCAAGCAGGAGUUAAUCUGCAAAUGGAUUGACCAAGAGCAAACUUCAAAGAAGCCUUGCUCGAAAACUUUCAGCACCAUGCACGAGCUGGUUAACCAUGUCACGGUGGAGCACGUCGGGGGACCAGAACAGAGCAGUCAUGUUUGCUUUUGGGAGGACUGUCCAAGAGACGGAAAAGCUUUCAAAGCAAAAUACAAACUGAUCAAUCAUAUACGAGUUCACACUGGAGAAAAGCCUUUUCCGUGUCCUUUCCCAGGAUGUGGCAAAGUGUUCGCUCGCUCAGAAAAUCUGAAGAUUCACAAAAGGACACACACAGGAGAGAAGCCUUUUAAAUGUGAGUUUGAUGGCUGUGACAGAAAGUUUGCCAACAGCAGUGACAGGAAGAAGCACUCUCAUGUCCAUACCAGUGACAAACCCUACUACUGCAAGGUGAGGGGCUGUGACAAAUCUUACACCCAUCCUAGCUCCUUAAGGAAGCACAUGAAAGUUCACUGCAAGUCUCCUCCACACCCUUCUGCCAAUGCAACAUCUGCAUACCAGCCUUCGUCCCUUCCUCAUGGAGGUCCAAUCUCACCGACUACAGACUCACCCAGGAGUCGAUCUACCACUCUUUCACCACAAGUCACUAAUAUCAAUGAGUGGUAUGUUUGCCAGGGCAGUGGCACUCAUGCUGGCCUUCACACCCCUUCUACUGAAGCACCAACAUCUGAUUCUGAAGAUGAAGUGUCUUAUAGGAGUACAGAUCCAAGAACUAUGCUUUGAUAAUGACUUUUUAUACAAAAAAAAUGUCAGUGACUUUCUGAGAAUAUGUGCGUAUAUGAAUGUGUAUGUGUGAAUAUUUACGUAUUGGUUGUUUGAGUAAAUGCUUCCAGUGAAGAAUGAGGGUUAUGACAUAUUUACAGUAAUGGACCAUAUACUGAUAAUAAUCUGGAAAAAAAUGAUGGAAAGACAAUAAUAUUUGUCUUUUUGUUUAGCUUCAUGUACAGUUCCCAUAUUUACUAUUACUGUUGUCUAUCAAAGACAGCUUACAAUCAAACUGAGCAGUGCAAUAUUAAUAAUUUCCUAACUAAGCUAAUGAAAAUGUGUUAUACAAAAUUAUCCGAGAACACAUGGUUAAAUAUUGAAUUUCUGAUCCUUCUGAUCCAUCGUUUACAUGUACAUGGCUCAGUGUUCAAAAUAUUUUUAUCACAGGCCUCCCCUACCCCACAUACACACACACACACACACACUCACACACCUCCACAACACUGAAAUGGAACAAGCGGGUUUGAGAAUGCUAUGUUUUCUUUUGUUUUUUAUAUGUAUCCAUGUCUGCUAUAAAACAACUUAAAGUUAUGUAAAAGGAAAUGAUACUGCAAGCUAGGAAAUAAACUCAAUAAGCAGUAGUUUUUUUACUGUUGUUACGCAUGACAAAAUUUCCAAUGAAAUGUAAAAAAGCCCAACAAAUUACUUUUUAAAAUAUAUUUUCCAUCAAUGGCACAUGGAUAAUUAUUGUAUCAUGUUAGGAGAAAAUUAACUUUAUGCAAAUGUUUCAAAAUUUAAAUAUACUGAAGUGUACACAUUUUUCUUCAGAGAUCAAACCUUUACAUGACAGUAUUUGUAUAUAAUAAGAUUGGCUGUACAUUGUUCAUGUUACCUAAUGUUACUGUUUGUUGUUAAGACGUAAUUUAUUUGCUGAUGUAACAUUGUCCUACAGAUGCACCAAAGAGGUAUAAUAUUCAUUUGGUGGAACUUUGUGAUGUUAUUUUGUGGUUUGGAAAAGAAUAUAUAUGUAUGUACAUAUAUAUAUAUAUAUAUAUAAAUAUUUUUCUUCUUACUUGAAUGAAUUUUGUAAUGUUAAAUUAAGACUCUCCUUUCGCAUGCCUAUGUACAUCUAAUGAACUAAAAGAGUCAUAUUAAAAGUGCAUGGUACUGUUGCUUUGGGAAGAAAAAGACAGCUGUGGACUGUGAAGAUUCUUUGUGGUUUAACUGGUUUUGUGUUAAACUUGAAUAAAAUUGAAUCUG